AUGUCCACGCAAGCAGCGCAAGACAGAUCCUACGCUUCCUCCAUACGCGCACUCAACACUUUGCAAUCCAAUGCGGCAGUCAUCGAAGCUAUUCGAAAGAGCGGCGGCAAGAUGAACGAGUUGGCUAUACCGGAGAUGCAAGAGUAUUGGAAGAGGUUGGGGUACGAGGUGAGUGGGCGGGGGGGCAGGGGGCAGGAGGAAGGGAUGAGAUGAUUGGACAGAGGCUCAGAUCGCUCGCAUCAGUCGGUGUCAUUGUCCGGCUGAGAGAGGACAUUGGCGAGCGGCUGUUGAUGCGCUUGAUUGACAUUGGCCUUCUGGGACACGGAGCGUGUGCGAUCAAGCGCGAAUAGGCGGGUGGAAGAGGUGGAUGGAAGAGCGCAGCUCGCUCAACCCGCUCAUCUCUAUUCCACCGCUCUUCUCUCUCAGCUGGAAGAUCUGAACAAGCUCAACGUGAUCCACAUCACUGGCACAAAAGGCAAAGGAUCCACCGCAGCGUUCUGUUCCAGCUUGCUUGCCCACGCGCCGCUGUCGAGCAAAGCCACCGCUCGCCCCCGCGUCGGCUUGUACACCUCCCCGCACCUGGUCUACGUGAGGGAGCGCAUACGCAUAGACGGUAUUCCCAUUCAAGAGGAACUCUUUGCCAAGUACUUUUGGCAAGUGUGGGACAAGCUGGGGCAGAAUGAUCAGGUGAGCUGCGCGACAUCCCAACUCGCAGCAGAGAGCAUGCUCUGCAAGCAAAAUUCACGCCCCCCUCAUCCGGCCCCCUUCACGUACAUGCGCCUCCCAGAGAGCCCAUCCUGCCACACCGCUGCGUCCGGUCUACUUUCGAUACCUCACUCUGCUCGCCAUGCACAUCUUUCUGCAAGAAGGCGUAGGCGCCACGAUCCUCGAGGUGGGUAUAGGUGGCACGUACGACAGCACAAACAUCGUGCCUCGACCCAUCGCAUGCGGUAUUUCCAGCUUGGGUUUGGAUCAUACAGCUCUGCUGGGUAAUACUUUGCCAGAGAUUGCUAGGCACAAGGCGGGAAUCUUCAAGAAGGACGUGAGGGCCGUGUCGGUCUGGCAGCCCGAGGAUGCUGCAAAGGUGGUAGAGGAGACGGCUGCAGAGGUGCAGGUGAGGCGGAGGCGAGCGUGGCGCCGUGAACCACCCGCAUUGGCUUUCACAGACUGACACGCAUGCAUGAUUGGCCGCCGGGAACGCGCGCAGGCCAGGUCAUUUGUAGCGCUGCCUCGAAAUGCGCCCCAGCAAGUCCGCUCCAUCGCCUUGGGUCUGCCAGGUCUGCAUCAGAGCACCAAUGCCCAGCUCGCGCUGGCGCUCGUGCGCCUCUUCAUCCAAGCGAGUGCACAGGAUGCGAUGCUGCAAGAGAGGGGUUGGACAUUUUCAUUUGCGCCUGAUCAACUGGACCGACUGGAUGCUCCGCCCAAGGAGUGGGAAGUUGCGGGAGUGGAACGAGCUGCGUGGCCUGGACGGUGUCAAGUCGUCCCUCCGGCGCCUUUGAGCUCGAUUUGUGAUGAUCCUGCAUCGCAAGCCUGCUCCAUGCCCACCUUUUUUCUGGAUGGAGCGCACACCACAGACAGUCUGAAGCUAGCCACGCGAUGGUUCGUCCAAGCCUCUCGCUUCACGAACGAAGCGGCGGCGCAUCACCGAGACCGAGCCGAGGUGCAGGUGCGAGGAGAGAAAGAUGGGGCAGAAGAAGCAAAGAGAUGCUUGGUAUUCAAUUGCACGCAUGGACGCAACGCCAAGGAGCUGCUUGGGGCGCUGUGCGACGCGGUGCGGGAAGAGGAUGAAAAAGUCAGCUUUGACAAGGUCAUCUUUUGCACCAACACUACCUUCAAGGAGGGCAAGAGCAGCGGAGGUGAGUUUGUGACGUACACUCUGGUACGCCCGAAAGCCGCCUCAUGCGCCACAUUUCGGAUCUGGCCCUGGCCCGCACGACAGAUCUUACGGCUGGAGGACUGGACGCGAGAGAGGUGGAGGCGCUGACGGUGCAGAAUGAGCUCAGACGAGCCUGGUUGGACCUUCGAAAAGAUUUCGCGACACGAGCGCGAGCGGCGGCGGGGACGGCGGGUGCCGAAGAUGGAGAAGAUCAAGAAGAAGAAGAAGAAGAGGUGUUGGUCUUGCCGAGCAUAGAAGAUGCGCUGAAUGCUUGUGUUGCUGCGGCUGCUGCUGCUGCUGCACCUGCGCCUGCAACUGCGACGAAGGGGCAAGAGAGGGGAGGAAGCGUAUUUGUUACGGGAAGCUUGCUGCUUGUGGGUGGCGUCAUGGCUCAUCUGCAAAAAUGGGGAGCGCUGGAUGAGGCGCUGGUCAGUGUUGCGGGCAGGGAGAGAAGAUGA